CCCUGCCCAAAGCGGAUCCGCAGCCCCCCGGACCGACCCUCCCGGUCCCCUCGGCGGCACAGCGAGCACACGGGCAGAGCGACGCCGCCCCCUCACCCCCAAGCGCCGGCUCUUCCCUCGUGGUGCAGCCAGGACGGCGACAUGGCGGGCGACAGCACGGCCCCCCCGCGGCGGCCGCUGUGCUUGGCCGAGGUGGAGCCGGGCACCGAGAACGAGCGGCUGGGGGUGGCCCGGGACAGCAUGUUGCGCAACCCGCUCAUCCUCAAGGCAGAAGUGGGGAAGCCCCCGAGAAACUGCUACACCCUGCCAGGCUUGGAUUUUGCAUAUGGGUUGUACAUCCCAAGGACAGAUGGAGGAGUCCCUGAAGCAAUAGGCAACUGGAACUCAAUAAAGCCUGGGACUCGUUUUGUUGAGAAAAUGCCCCGAGACUUCAUCACCAUGAACCGGGGUGCCCUGAGGGACGGGUGUCUCACAGCCAGGGACUUCCAGCUGUACUACAAGACCAAGGACAUUCGGCGCAAAAGUGACAAACCCUUCAAGACUUGUCCUCCUAAAGCACUUCCAGACAUGACCUUUGGCAUCCCCACACGGUCUUCCUCUCCCUUUUAUGACCUCCUCCACCACAAAUACAGGGAGCAGUGGCUGGAGGAGCAGAGAGCCCUGACAGUAGCCGAGCAAAUGGAAAAGAAAAAGGUGAAAUGCUCCAGCAUGCGUGAAACCCGCACCACAUUGCUGCGAAAACAGCCCCAGCCUGUGGUGGAGGAAUCCUUCUGGCACCUGCCCCACUUGGAGAAGGUUGGGCCUCAUCUCAGUACUUUUCCAAACCCUGAGACUCGUAAAAAGGCAUUCAGUGCUUCCCGUUGAGAAGUGCCUGCAAAAUGUGGUCCCCUUCUCCAGAGCAUCUAUGCAGUGAGGACCACAGCACUGUGUGGGCACCACAGUCCCAAACCCUGC